AUGUGGAAGCCAGAGAGUGAGACUACCAGAAAGAUUUGGAUUCCAGAUGGACUUGAGAAUGGAAGGUGGGUUAACCCAGAAGAAUGUGUUCUCCAUGACAGAGAUGGUCUCUUUGAUCUACAGCUGAAUGUACUGGAGGAACAUUAUGAGCCAAAAUUACUUCAUUUCUUCUCCAGUUCAUUUAAGGUUAGGUCCAAUCCUUCAUUUGACGAUUACUGUAAGCUUUGGAAGGUUUGGGAAAGUUUGGGAGGCCCAUUGCCACAUGCAGAGUGCUGUGCGUUUUGGGAGUGUGUUAUGGCACACAUGAGCGCAAGGACAGAGAAGACUCUUGCUGAUGUCUUGGUAAAGCUACCUGUUGUUUCAGACUCUGGUGAAAUUUUGUUGUUCAGCAAGCGUGAUGUUUUUAUUGCUGAUGACCUUCUACUGAAGGACCUUUUACAAAAGUUCUCAUCACGCCCAGUCUUUGUCUGGUGUCCCCAGGCAAACUUGCCUUCUUUGCCUCGAACUAGGUUGCUUGAAGUCUACAGGAAAAUUGGGGUUCGAACUAUAUCUGAAUCAGUGCUGAAGGAAGAAUUGUCAUUGGCAGAUGGUGUGGAACUUAGUCAAAUGGAUUCAAGGGAUGCUGGGAUUGGAAAAGAGCUAGUUAGACUGAUUCUUGGCUUUCUAGCUGAUCCUUCUCUUGAUAUGGAAGCAACAAAGAGGCAUGGAGCUGUUCAGUGGCUCCUGAAUCUCAAGGUCCUGGAGACUACAAAGCCAAUUACUGUAAGCUAUAGUUUAUCGUUUUCUGAUGGGGAAAUGCUGAAGGUGAAAGCAAGCCAUAUGAUUCGUUGGGAUAAAGCGUGUUAA